GAUAUGAAAGUUCUGCGUGUCUAUAUUAUAAUACCGAAAAUCCUUUUAAGCGAACAUGAAAACACCAACACAUAUUGCGUGAAACGCGAUUAUGUUGAACGUACUAAACUGCAAAAUACAAAAAAGUCGAAGUGUCAUGGCUAGCCCAUCUGCAGUACAGCACCAUAAGCAGCUUCUGUUCUACAUUCAAUGAAAAACUCCACCACAGCAAGACUUUCACUUAGGAAUAAAAACUUUGGACAUCUUUGACCAAUCUUAUUACCUGGAGGACCUGAGCUAAUCAGACAGCUUGGAUAAUCAGACAGCACUCAAGAGCCAAAAAAUAAAGAAUGCAGACAUUUGCUAAUGUGAAAACUCAAGGAAUGGGCUAUGCACCUUUUUGGAAGAUAAUGGUGUGGAACCAGGAGCAUUUUCAGGGAAGAUGCCAAGAAUUCACCAGUGAAUGUAAAAACAUCAUGGAGUGUGGGUUUGAAAAUGUGCGAUCUAUCCGAGUAAUCAGUGGAGCCUGGGUAGGUUAUGAGCAUCAUGGUUUCCAGGGUCAGCAGUUUGUCAUGGAGAGAGGAGAAUAUCCGCGUUGGGAAAGCUGGAGUGGGAGCAACGCCUACCAUGUUGAAAGACUCAUGUCCUUCAGACCCAUCUACUGCGCAAGUCACAGUUUAUCACGCAUGACCAUCUAUGAGCGUGAGAACUUCAUGGGCCGUUGUGCAGAACUGUCUGAUGACUAUCCAUCCCUGCAGUCCAUGGGCUGGUGCAACAAGGAAGUGGGAUCUAUGCGUGUGACAUCAGGAGCCUGGGUCUGUUACCAGUAUCCUGGUUACCGUGGAUACCAAUACAUUAUGGAGUAUGACCAUCACAAUGGAGAAUACCAACACUGGAGGAACUGGGGAUCCCAUUCCCAGACCCAACAGAUCCAAUCCAUUAGGAGAAUCCAGCACUAAAGUGGCACAUCAAGCCCUGUGGAAUGUUUACAGAGCUCACCCCUUCCCCAAAUUCAUAUGAUUCCCUUUUAAAUUUUGUUCGCCAACGUUUCUGA